AUGGCAAGCCCCCGAGGCGUGGCCAACAUCCUCGCCAAGUCGCCGGCCGACGUGGUCAUCCUCUCGUCGGUCCGCACACCCGUCACGCGCGCCUACAAGGGCGGCCUCAAGGACGCGUACCCGGAGGAGCUGCUCGCGUGCGUGCUCAAGCAUGUGCGGGAGCGCAGCGUGCCGGGGACGGACCUGGGCGCGCUGAUCGAGGACGUGGGCGUGGGCGUGGUGCUCUCGGAGCUGGGGGGCUCCAAGGCGGCGCGCGCGGCCAUGAACCACGUCGGGUACCCGAGCUCGACGGCCCUCUUCACCGUCAACCGGGCGUGCUCGUCGUCGCUGCAGGCCGUGGCCGCCGUGGCCGGCGAGAUCCGGGGCGGCAUGGCGCGCGUCGCCGUCGCCGCGGGCAUGGAGAGCAUGACGCGCAACUACGCGGCCAAGGUCGGCGCCGAGCAGCGCCUCACCGUCGCCAGGGACGACGGCAUCCGCGAAAACGUCUCCGUCGAGGCGCUCGCCCGCCUGAAGCCCGCCUUCAAGCCGGGCGGCGCCUCGACCGCCGGCAACUCGAGCCAGGUCUCGGACGGCGCCGCCGCGACGCUGCUCAUGAGCAGGGGCACCGCCACGCGCCUCGGCCUGUCGGACCGUAUUAUCGGCAAGUUUGUGUCCGCGGCCGUCGUCGGCUGCGCCCCCGACGAGAUGGGCAUCGGGCCCGCCCUCGCCAUCCCCAAGCUGCUGGCGUCGCAUGGCCUGGCCGUCGGCGACGUGGACAGGUGGGAGAUCAACGAGGCCUUUGCAAGCCAGGCGCUUUAUUGUUUGAGAAAGCUGGGCCUGGAGGACGCCUGGGCCGCCGGCAGGGUGAAUCCGACCGGUGGUGCUAUCGCCUUGGGUCAUCCCCUCGGGGCCACGGGCGCCAGGAUGACGAGUACCUUGGUGCAUGGCAUGAGGCGGGAUGGUCACGAUUUGGGCGUUGUGAGUAUGUGUGUUGGGACCGGCAUGGGCAUGGCUGGCCUGUUUGCGAGGGAGGCGUGA